AUGGCGGAAAUCUUAGACAUUCAGAUACCAAUCAUCUUUGAUGAAUUAAUUUCUCACUACGAGAUUCAUUCACAUCAACCCUAUGCAUUAUCAACAUUUAACAAUAGUGAUAAAAUUAGAAUCAGUAUUCAACAUCAAGACUUAUGCAACCUACCAAGCAAAAGUUCUCUGCACGUUUGUAGAAGAUUUGUAAAAGAAGAUGGUACCGGCGCAGGUGCAACUAUGAACUUAGCCAAUAUGCCUAUUUAUCAUAUGUUUGGAGAAAUACGCUAUGAAUUAAAUGCUGUUAAAAUUGAUAAAUGUAAAAAUGUGGGUCUUACAAGUAUCAUGAAAAAUUAUAUAUCUUUAUGUCCUGGGCAACUCAAUUUAAUGGAGAAUGCUGGAUGGUUGCUCAGUAAUAACAGUAAAUUAACUAAUGACAAUGGAUAUUUCAACAUUUCUAUACCACUAAGUGAAAUACUUGGAUUUGCUGAAGAUUAUAAUCGUAUUAUCAUGAAUGCUAAACAUGAAUUGAUUCUUAUAAGAUCAAAUUCUGAUGUUAAUACAUAUAUACAUACAACUGCUGCCGCUAGUGAUAACGCUGAAAUAGUGAAAGUUCUUCUCAAUAAGGUAGAAUGGAAUGUCCCGUACGUCACAAUGUCGGACAAGCAAAAAAUUCAAGCACUCAACUUUAUUGCUAAUGAUCCAGCUAUAUCAACAAGCUUUCGCACAUGGCAAUUAUAUAAAUACCCACUACUCCCUCGAAUAACGAAACAUGUUUGGCCAAUCAAGACUUCGACACAAUUGGAAAAGCCACGAUAUGUGAUCCUAGGAUUUCAAACUGCUAGAAAAAAUGUUGUAACGAAAAACGCCAGUCAAUUCGAUCAUUGUAAUAUCAGAGAUCUAAAGCUAUUUCUCAAUUCUCAAAGUUAUCCAUAUGGAAAUUUAAAUCUAAACAUUAGUCGUAAUCAGUAUGCUUUAAUAUAUGAUAUGUAUACUAAUUUUCAAACGUCAUACUAUAAUAAAGAAUCGAAAUCAUUAUUGACAAAAACUGAAUAUUUACAACAAGCGCCACUCUAUAUUAUCGACUGUUCGAAACAAAAUAAAUCUAUUAAAUCUGGACCAGGUGAUAUUCGUCUUGAGUUUGAAUCUGAUGAACAGUUUCCGGAUCAAACAACUGCAAAUUGUCUUAUUUCACAUGAUCGUAUAAUUGAAUAUAAUCCAUUAAGUAGUACUGUAAGAAAAUUAACUUAA